UCUAACAUUCUUAAGUCGUCGUCAGGUUCGCGAGACAAAUUUUAUUAAAUAAUUUUUUUUAUUUUAAAUUUACAUUAAAAUACAAGAACUUUUUAGUUAGAAAUUAUAAAAAAAUAAUUUUAAUAAAAAAUUAAAAUAAAAGAGAAAGACAAUAUGUGAUAAAAGUCAAAAGAGAUAAAAUGAAGUGAAUUAAGGACUAUGCAAAAAGUUAACAAAGAAAGCCACCUCAGCUAAAUACACAAAUGAAAAAAUAAAAGUCGCGUGUGACUGUAUGCACCUUUGUGACAAAUUGAGAAAAGUUUUUCGGUCGUUGAAUGAAAUAGAUGAGGAAAAUCAAUAAAAUAUUGCGACGCAAUGGAUUGUGAUCGUGAGAUACCAGUUUUAUCUGGUUACUUAACCAUUGUACAAAAUGUUAAUUUUACCAAUGGUGGCAUAUCAUUAAACGCAACAACGACGUCUAGCAAAAUAUCGAAAAAGAAGUCUGCUAGCUCGCGGUACUGCAUGCUAUUCAAAGCCAGUCAAUAUGGCAUUGAGCGACUGGAGUUGUGCGACAGCGAGCACGACAACAAAAAUGCAACAAUUGUAACGCUAGAAAAUUGUGUUAAAAUUACGAAUGAACCAGCGCCCGCUAAUUUAAUUACGAUCGUAACGAAAACGGGUCAGCUGGUGCUGAAUGUGCUCGACGAAGAGGAGCUAAAAAAGUGGACGCGUGCCUUGCAAAAAGUCGCCUUCAAGGAGAAAAUCCAAUCAACCAAACGUGCCUCGGUAAUUGAGACCGACAACGAGCUCUAUUACUCGUCAUACGACGAAGGCGUCUUCGAUGUAAAACUAAUUGCCGACGAAACCUUAAAAAAAUGCAAAAUCGAGCCGAAAAAAUACAUGUUGGAACUAACGCAAACCGAAAUGCAAUUGCGCGACUACAAAAAUCGAGACUACGUCGUUUGCAAGUGGCCAUAUCGUUUCAUUCGCAAGUACGGAUAUCGCGACGGCAAAUUUACCUUUGAAGCGGGACGCAAAUGCGAAACGGGCGAAGGCAUGUUCAAGUUUGAUCACGGAAAUCCGCAGGAAAUUUUCCGCUGUAUGUCGGCCCGCAUGAAAACCAUGAAGAAACUCAUUAAAGGUGAUAGUAGUGUGAGUCUCGAUUGCGGCGAAACGCAAUUAAGUGCCGCAUUGUCGAUGGAAGCGGGUUCACGAAGUCCCUUGCCGCCGUCGCCGAACCAAAAAUCACCGGAAUUCGAAACUGCCAUAACACAAAGUCAAAUGUCGAUGACCCGAAUUGGUUUUAGCUCGGAUUCGAUAGACUUUUCGACAGCUAGUACUAUGCCAAUCGGCAUGAAAGUCGUCAUGCCGCCCAAGCCGCCGCGUCGUUCAUUGACGCCACUUGCUUUGAAUAUCAACCACGACGACAACGGCGUGCGAAAAAGUCCGCCUUAUGAAGUUGUAUCGAAUUCCAUGGUGGGUAAAAUUGGGAAACGCAACAAUUAUGACUGCAUAAAGACCAUUUCCGAUGCCUGGCGAACUUUAGGAAUUGCCGAGCCACGUCACACGGAACACAGUUCGUCGCCGGAAAGGGAUUUGAUUGAGUUUUCCUUUCAGCGGAGCAAUUCGUCGCGACAGAAGCAGGACAGUGAUAACAAUAACGUUGUAGAAGAAUUUACUAACAAAAUUUUCGUGUCAAAUGGCGAUGAUGAUGCCCAAGAGGAACACUACGAUAAACUUGACUUUCUUCGAUCGAACAGCAAGAUCUCCAAUGGUUAUGAAAAAAUUUCCAAAAUGAAACUCGCUUUGAGUCCAUCGAGUGCCAAUGCUAAUAAAACUUUUACGGACGAUUACGAGCUCAUUGGAAGUCCCACGUUGGAAAUUCCCGAUACGCAAGCAUGUCGCUUGGCAGAUGACUCGUAUUUGGGCUACGGUAAGAUCCAAAUUAGACCACAACCAAUGCUAACGGGAGAUCCGCCCAUGGGACUUCCGCCACCGCCGCCAACUAACACAACAAAUCUCUGCUGUCUCGAUCACACGACCUACAAUGGGCUGAACUACGCACAAGUGAGUAAACCGAAGCAUGUCUAAUCAAUUAUAUCGCCCUCCGUUAGACGAUUAACGACGACGAGAAAGACCCAAGUUGCCAUAAACCAUGCUUUUAGUAGAUUUAGAAACUUUUUACUUUUUCGUCCAAUUUAUGUGCUUAAUUAGGAUUAAAUUUUAUUAAUUUUUAGUCAAAUACAUGUUCAUAGAAAGAAUCUAGAACUUUGUACAGAUUUUAGUAAAAGAGAAAAAAAAAGUUAAAUUUAUGUUACGUUAAAUUUGAUGCGUCUUUAAAAGACAAACGUUUUUAGAAUUUAGUUCUUAAGAGACUGUUAUGAUUCUUAUAUAUUGUAAAAAAAGAAUAGUAAUAAA